AUGGGGGCGGGGGCUUCGAGCAUGGAGGGGUCGGAGGGGUGGGGCCAGACGUCGCUGGGCGACAUGCCGGAGAGCUGCGUGGCGCCGGUGCUGCUCUACCUCGACCCGCCGGAGAUAUGCCUCGUCGCCCGCCUCAACCGCGCGUUCCGCGGCGCGGCCUCCGCCGACUGCGUCUGGGCCACCAAGCUUCCCGCCAACUACCGGUACCUCGCCGCCCUCGCCGCGGCGGCCGACGACGAUAGCAGCAGCGACGGCUCGGUGGAGGGCAAUGGUAGGUGCUCCUCCUCCGUGGCGACCAAGAAGGAGAAGUACGCGCGCCUGUGCAGGCCAACCCCCUUCGAUGGGGGCACCAAGGAAUUUUGGAUCCAAAAGAGCAAGGGUGGUCUUUGCAUGUCCAUCUCCUCGAAGGCUUUGGCGAUUACCGGCAUCGAUGAUCGGCGGUAUUGGAGCCACCUUACCACAGACGAAUCAAGAUUCCAUAGUGUUGCCUACCUUCAGCAAAUAUGGUGGCUGGAGGUGGCUGGGGAGAUUGAUUUCUGCUUCCCUGCUGGUUCAUAUAGCCUUCUCUUCCGGCUCCACUUGGGCCGGCCACACAAGCGCAUGGGCCGUCGGGUCUAUGACUCUGAGCUCAUCUACGGUUGGGACAUUAAACCGACACGGUUUCAGCUCUCAACUUCAGAUGGCCAGCACACAACAUCCGACUACCAUCUAGAUGGACCAGGACACUGGAUCCUUUACCAUGUCGGUGAUUUUGUCAUAUCGAGUUCGGAUGAGUUGACCAAGCUCAAGUUCUCUAUGAUGCAGAUUGAUUGCACGCAUACAAAAGGCGGCCUGUGUGUCGACUCUGUUUUCAUUUAUCCUAAGGAUCAUCAGCCCGAGGAGUGCAUACGCAAGUAA